UCCCCGGUUAACGUCAGUCCGUCACAAAGAGCGACAGGGUUGGGUGGGUCAAAUAGUGAGCCGUGGGCGAGUGACGAAGCCCUAUGGUUACGAGAUCAGAUCUGAUGCGGUCGUGAGCUUCGGACAUUUUUAUCAAUUUCCCAUCGAUCUCUGACGAUAACUAGUCGCCGGUGGUGUUUAGCCGGUUUGUUCAGUGCGCAUUCGCAGUACAAAAGAGACUUGUGAUAUUUUUCUACUAAUAUUAAGUUCCGCAGCGGAACGUUUUUUUGUCGUUUAAAAAGUGUACAAUAUAAGUAAAAAUUUGGAAAACAUGGAGAUCCUGCCGGUCACGAAUCAGUUUGUCGGAUUCAAUAGUGAAAAAGCUUGGAAUGGGCCUACAUGGCGGGAAGCACCGGUCCCGGUGCCGACGGAGGCGGCGCUGGCUCAGAGGCUGGAGCGCGAGCUCCGAGCAGCGAAAGGAGCCAGCGAGCUGGCCACCGCCGAGGUGCUAGUACCUGCUGAGCUACUGGCCAGGGCAUCUCGGCAGACGCUGGCGUUAGCCGAGGGCGAGCCCUGUGGGUCCCGAGGGGCGGCGGUCAUAGUUGACGUCGCGGGCAGAAGAUUAGCAGCUUUCAAAAUAGACCCCAACACUUUAACCACGCACGAGAUACAUCUACAUCUGGAACAUGAUGCCACGAACUGGACUAGCCUGUUGCCGCAAUUCUUAAAAAACUUAACGCGAGGCGGCACCAUCAUCAUCAGCCCCCAGUUCACGAUAGAAAAGAAGAAACUGUUCAGGAGCCAGGCAGAGUGAACAGGCCUGUGAUAUGCGCGUGAUGCGAGCGAGCCGACUGACAGCCCUCCUCGAUAUCUACGUAUCGUUAUUUUAACAAAUAUCAUAUUAUUAUAUAUUAUAUUAAUUAUUAUAUAUUUUUAAUAAGAGAAAAAAGCACAGCGUGAUAUGUAACGUAUAGAUGUAGUAUAAGCGCGCGGAAGAGCGCAGGUUUAAGUUAGCCGGCUGCUGUCGCGGGCACGGUCGAUAGUGAUGCGAAAUGCACUUUGUUAUCGAUAAAGUGUCGAUAUUCGGUCGCUGGUCGAGCGUGCCGGCGGCGGCGGACGUGCGUGCGCCGGCGCGCGGCGGCGAGCGUCGAUCUCGCCCCCUCCCCCCUGGACGUCGGUUGUCUUGUCUGCCCACCGCUGCGCUCGCCCCCCCGCGCCGCUCGUACUUAUGUUAAUCAUUGUAUGAUCAUUGUUCGUAUUUUGGAUAUUUUAAUGAUUGUGAGUCGUGCUGGUUGGUCGCGUGAGUGGCGUGGCGGCGUUCGUGCGCACCCUCUGAUCUCAGCCGCCGCCGCGCGUGUGAUACUGAUACCCUGAACGAUAUAGUCUUAGGUAUUAUUUUUUGUUUCGAGUUCGAUUCUAUUCUGAAGUUGCGUAGAGUUGGUAUUUUCAUGUAUCGUAUUUAUUAGAGGCGGCCUCUGUAGAGGUCCGAUAUGUGUACGUUUUUCGUAAUUGUACUAGUUUGUACAUUUGUUUGUGAUACUACUUUUGUAAUGUAUAAAAAAUUAUGCGAGAAAAAUAUUACUUUUUAUGAAUGUGAAAACAUGAAUGCAGAUUUAUAAAUAUUAGAGAUGUGUAUCAUAGUGAGGUGAGUAGGGAGGCAGCAAGGGGCGCGGCGGGGCGGGGGCGCAGGCCGCGCGCGCGCCCCCGCCCCGCCGCCCCCAGCUGCAGGCAAAAGAUCUCAGGUUAUAUUAUUGAUAGUUAUUAAAAGUAUUAAGUUAUUUAAGUUAAUAUAAAAUGAAUUUUUUGUAAGAUUAUUUUCUAUCGCCGCGCGAAGCUGCGUUACUUUAGUCCAGUGGGUGAUAAGAUACAUUUGUACUAACAGUACAAUAUAAUUGACGAUUUGUUAAUAUUGCAGAUUGCAUUUUCUUCAUCCAGUGUAAUUACUACAUUAAAUGUAAAUCAAUAGACUAACCGUUUUUAAACGAAAUCUAAAUGUUUGUAGGGUCCAGUGUUUUAAACGCACAAUAUCAUAGUACUAGAGUUCACUUUCAUCGAUAAAUAAAAAGAUUUUAAAAAGCUA